AUGGGCAAACCGACGAUUCAAGCUGCAGUUGGUUGCGUGGCAGUGCUGUGCCUGUUGGCUUGCUCCAACCCCGCGCUAGCCCAGACGUCAACCACCGCUUCUACGACGCCAGCUGACUGCACGUGCGUGCGCGCACCGUUUGACUGCAACCUCCCCGACCAAGCCUCCUGCACUGCCGUGGACGCCUGCGAAUGGAUCUCUGGACCAGCCGAGCCCGGCUGUCAACAAGCAAACAUGGGCUGCGACAUGCUCCCCCAACAACAACAACAACAACAACAACAACAACAACAACAACAACAACAACAACAACAACAACAACAACAACAACAGCAACAACAACAACAACAACAACAACAACAACAACAACAACAACAACAACAACAACAACAACAACAACAACAACAACAACAACAACAACAACUGAAUCUGGCUGCGUCCUCCUGCACUGCCGUGGACGCCUGCGAAUGGAUCUCUGGACCAGCCGAGCCCGGCUGUCAACAAGCAAACAUGGGCUGCGACAUGCUCCCCCUGGUGGCAUGCGAGCCAAACCCACACUGCAUGCUUGUUGGCGACUGCCCCAGCACAACAAUGACUUCCACCACGACCAUGACCACCACCACCACCACAACGUCGACCACAACAACAACCACGAGUACCACAACAUCAACCACGAGUUCGACAACAACUACCGCACGCACUACUUCAACGACAACAACAACAAUGAUGUUGACGACGACAACCCAAUCCCAACCGCCACCGCCACCGCCACCAACAACAACCCCAUCACCACCACCACCAACACCACCACCAACAACAACCCCAUCACCACCACCACCGCCGCCACCAACAACAACCCCAUCACCACCACCACCGCCGCCGCCAACAACAACAACCCCAUCACCACCACCACCAACACCACCACCAACAACAACCCCAUCACCACCACCACCACCGCCACCACCAACAACAACCCCAUCACCACCACCACCACCACCGCCACCAACAACGACGAGAAGGCCCACGACAAAACACCCGAAACAGACAACCCGCUCACGUUGCGCAUCCACGUGUGUGGACAGGCCCAAGCCAUGCUCACAGCUGUAUAGCCCGCAGGAGUGUCAGGCGGAGGCUGCAUGCGAAUGGGAUUACACCAGCACCUGCGUCGAGGUGGACAUGGGCUGUAGCAACAGACCGGUCGACUCAUGUGUGUAUUAUGAACACUGCAUGCUGGUUGAGGACUGCCCCACAACGGCGUGCGAGGCAGCUGGCAGGUGUGAGCCCACCUAUCCCGUGUCGUGCGACUACGCGUAUCAGGCGCAGUGUGAGGCACACGACGGCUGUGUUUGGGACUACACUGGCUUCUGCCGCCCCGAACCCCACCACUGCUCCUACAUCACGGACGAGGCAGCGUGCGCGUACAACUCGGAAUGCACGUGGACGGAGGAGUGUGCAGGCUCUACAACUGCGUACACGCCAAGCAGCCCGUCAUCGCCAACACCGCCACGCCCUUACACACGAUCAACGACAGCAAGCAAGACGCCACCGCCAACGCCCGCAUACACGACAACUCGUCAACCGCCAACCACGACAACCACGCGCCCAUACAGGCCCCCCAAAACAACAACGACGACGACAAACGCUUAUGCUACCAAGCCUCGGUACCCGUCCCCGCCACGCACCACGGUUGACCACAGCGACUUCCUCGGCAAGCCCGUCACCACGCCGCGCACGCGGACGACAACAACAAUGCUGGCAAGCACCACCACGUCGGGGGAUGGGCGUGGUGGUGGCCAGGGCGGCCCUCCCGCUUCGUCGUCGAGCAGUGCUCUCUCCGGCGGCGCAGUUGCCGGCAUCGUCGUUGGCGUCUUGGUCGUCGUGGUCGCUGCUGUGGUCGCGCUUGUUGUCGUUCGCAAGACUGCUGUUUCUGGUUCAAGCUGCGCCUUGGUGACUUCCUCUUCUGGUUCUCAUUCCUCAACUCCAGCCGUCUCGGCAGACGACAACGUAUGA